AUGAAUCAAUCGGCUACGAUGGAAAAUCAAGCUGUUAACUUCGAAAAUGCUGUCAUUCCUUUGAGCGUUGUACGCCGGUUCUUCCAGCGUGAGCAAGCAGAUGCUCACUUAAUCGCCAAACUUCGAAAUGAAAUUUCAUCUCUCCAAAGCUCGCUGCAUAAUUCAGGGUGGAGAAUGCAGCAUGUCAUCGUUGAAAAGAAUGCCCUAUCUACGUACUAUGACCAGCUACACCGCGACUACUUGAAACUUUUCGAAGCCUACGAGCACCUUGAGAAACGAAUCAAUUAUACACAACCGAGAAUCACAGAUCUCCCCCUUAAAGAGCGCCUCACAUCUGAGGAUAUCAUCACCGAGAACGCAUGA